AAAAAAAGUUACUUUUACACUCCAUUGACUCAAAAUAAAACAAAAAUCAGUAUGCAAUAAAAACUUGUACAGAUUCUGUGUUAGUGUGUACCAUGUGCUACAACGUUUGUACCUUCAUAGUUCAUACAGAAGCAAAAACCGGUGUACAAUUCAUAUCCUCCAAACCCGCAAAAUUUACAGUGCUAUAUAGCUGUACGGCUAGCUCACAGGUGGCAAAGAGAAUUAGGGUUUAAGAGAAUAGGAGGCUUUACAGCGGACAGAGCCGCAAGAAGUUGGGAGUAAAGGGAAGAAGAGAAAAAAAAAUGUUGCUGAGGAGCUUUCCGAAGAUGUUCUUUGAGUUUCUUCUCGAAAAUCCGGAUCUCGAAGAGGAACUCGAGAUGAAGGACCAGGUUCCAGAACCCGGGUCGGAGGAGCAUCUGCUCAUGCUGCUCCACAUCACUUAUGAUCGUGUUGCUGAGAGGUUGAAGGCGGCGGCUUUGGAGCUGAAGAAAACCGUGGUUGAUGAGACAUGGAAUUCGCUUCAGGGCCAAAAAAUUGGUGAUUUCUCUCUCUAUUCUGGAGCUCUUGGAACUGCAUUUUUGCUGUGGAAGUCCUUUCAAGUCACCGGCAACCAAGACGACCUUCGUAUCUGCUCCGAGAUCAUCAAGGCCUGUGACUCUGCUUCUGUCGAUUCCAGGGAUGUUUCAUUCAUUUGCGGGAGAGCUGGCGUCUGUGCCCUUGGUGCUGUGGUUGCGAAAAACAUGAAGAAUGUUAAGCUGAUGGAUAGCUAUGUCAGCAAAUUCAGAAAGAUUGAAUUGACAGAGGAUCUUCCAGAUGGACUAAUGCAUGGAAGAGCUGGUUAUUUGUGGGCAUGUCUCUUCAUCAACUACAAUUUAGGCGGAGAAGUUAUCUUGUCCAAAGGAAUGGCACCUGUUAUUGAAAAAAUCUUCAGCAACGGGCGAAAAAUGGGAACGAAGCAUGGAAGUCCUUUGAUGUUUGAGUGGAAUGGCAAGAAGUGCUGGGGUGCUGCUCAUGGAUUGGCUGGAAUCAUGCAUGUUUUGAUGCACUUCAAUCUGCAGAAAAAUCAGCGGGAUGAGGUCAAAAGGGCUCUCCUUUACAUGAUAAGGAAUGAACUCCCCAGUGGUAACUACCCAUCAUGUGAAGAAGAUAAGAGUGAUGAACUUGUGCAUUGGUGUCAUGGAGCCCCUGGAAUCGCACUUACAUUCGUAAAGGCUGCUAAGGUAACACUAAAAAAUUGUUGUGAACAACACCUUGGUACAGAGUGAGAAUCAUGAAACACUGGCCUUUAAUUUCCUACAGAUUUUCCUCCAAUCUAUUAAGAUUUGGACUUGUAGAUCUCCUUUGCAUAUUACUAGGAUCUCUGAUUACUCGUGCACAUACAUAACUAAGAGUUUUGCUCUGCUCAUUAAACAUUCAUUGUGCUCUUCUAGGAACAUGAUUGAUCUUUUCUGUGGAACUUUAAAUAUAGAACUGUAUGGUACUCACGUGCUACCCCCAACUGCUUGCCUGCUUCUGAUCUUCAUUGACUUCUCUACAUUCUGACCUCAAUCUUUGUUGAAACUUUUGCAUCAUUCAUCCUGGUUGUAUUGCAGAACUAUUUACACAUAACUUGGCAGGCCUGUUCAUGUUAGAAUUGUUUCUAUUAUGUAGAUCAUUGCUAACCGUGAGGAGCUCUAACUUUGUGCCUUAUUUUGUUAUGUGAUGGUGUCAGAGCAUAUAUAGAGUAAAAAUUUCUGGUCUAUCAGAAAAACUAAUUCCUGAAGCUUCUAAAUUUUCUAUCCCC